AUGAAGUUUCACAAACAAUCAGGUAAAUUCAUAAAACCAUUGGUUCCAACUCCUUCAAACCUUAAACACUACAAGAUAGGCUUCAUCGACGAACUUGCUCCACUUAGACAUGUAGCUAUCGUUCUUUUUUUCACCAAAAAUCCCAACCAAGACCCAAAGUUUGUUGUCCAACUAGAAAAAUCCCUAGAAAAAGUCUUGACGCGAUUAUACCCUCUCACAGGUAGAUAUGUUGAAGAAAGUCACAUCGUUGACUGUAACGACGAAGGUGUUGAGUUCAUACAAGCCAAAGUUAACAUUAAACUUGAAGAUAUUCUUGGUCUACAUGUGGAUGUUAGGCCUGUAGAUGAAUUUACAGUGGAAACAAAACCUCAACACAUUCUUACAAUUCAACUUACCACCUUUGAGUGUGGGGGUGUAGCACUUGUUGGAAAUAUUAAAGAUAAUAUUAAGAGGAACAUACAAGUUGGUAUGUUUCCUCCAUCCCACAUUGGUGGAGUGAUUGAAGUUUGA